AGACUGAUCAGUGUCUGUUUGUCUCUUAACAUUCGUUCCAUUUCAAACUCAAAAGGCUCCCGCGAAGAAACAGAAAUGGGCGAGUGAGAUCUGAGAGAUGCAUCGGCGUGAAUCCGAAGCGGAGCUUCGGUUGAAGCUCACAAGCGUGGUGGCUCGCCACCAAGAUAUGAAGACUGCAUUCACCGACCUCAAGUCUCAGAUCAACGUCGGUUUGCUUCAAGCAGAAGAAGUCUUCGCAUCGCUCGCAAUUCCCUUGAUGAAGCUGGUCGGUCUGAAGACAGAGGAGAUGGCUCAAGAGGGUCGAUUCAGUACCAUCAUCAUCAACAACAACGACUUCGAUCAGGAAGGCCGUAGAAACACAAUUGGAGCCGAAUCCUUGCCAAAAUCAUCAUCUGCCUUGGAAGGAGGUGAUCGGGAAGAAAACUACGCUGCUAAAGCAGCCAUGGCGGCGGGCAAACAGCUCUUGCAGAAGCAACAAACGCAACUAGUGCAACUUGUCCGAAUCCUCAAACAAAUUGAAUCCCAAGUCAAUUCUCGCCAGAACGACAUCCUCCACACCCUUUCCCACCACCAUGUCUCCCUCCACAAAUUCUUCCAAAACGCCAUUGUAUAUUUAUCCACCCUUCACUACUCUCAACACCAUGAGACCACCUUCGGCAUUACGCUAAAGCUCCUUCGAGCCACCUUCAACAACGUCGGUACUGUCCUAGGCUCAGUAGAGAGCAGUGUGGAGGACCUGAUGCAGGAUUUGGCUCAACUAAUGUGUGAUCCCAUGGUGGAGUAUGUGAAGGGCCUCAGGGAUGACUUGAAUAAUGGGAUAUCUGUGCGCUUGUUGGCCAUGGUGAAGGAGAUGGAAAGAGUGAUCCGAGACGGAAGGCUUGAAUUGGAGGAGGCCAGGAACAAGGUGAGGGUAGCGGAAGAGAGGAAAUUUGAGGCUUUGAGUAGGCUGACAGAAUCAGAAGAAAGAGUGAAGAAAAUGAAAGAGUACCUUAGGUCUCUCGCAGAACCCAACACGAGGGGAUCUAUGCAACGGCCUGUUGCGCAUAAGCUCUUGAGUAAGCAAGAAGCUCAUGCGAAAGAUGAGAAGCUAUUGUGGGAGCUGUUGAAAGGGAAAAGAAAGUACCAAACACCUGAGAGUCCCCUGGGACCAAAAGAGCUUCUCUUCUCUAAGAAGCACCAUAAAUCGACAACGUUGAUGCCCUCAGUCAGUCACAGGCCAAUUACUAGGACUCUUUCAAGGGGACUCGGUCCACACAGCCCACUCUUGGAUCCUCGGAUACCGUUGGGCUCCUCACCUUCGGUGGCCAUUUAGCAAGUUAUUUCACGCAAACACAUCGCUCCCUGAGUUCAUGCUUAAAGCGGCAAGCUUUCCAAUGAUUUCGAUAUGGAUGAGCAUGAAUUUUGCACUUGUCUAUGAGCCAGUAGACCUUUUCAUACUCAAAUAUUUACGCUAAUGUGCUCUAUAUUUGUCAACUUCAACUGAUGCAUGACUAAAAUAAUUAAGUACAAGUAUUGCGUUGCGUUGCGUCGUAGGAUUCAGUGACUUCGGGCUAAGGUGGUCUGCCUAUGCAUGUGAGGAGUUAUACGGCUAGGAUAAGGACCUGCCUAUUUUGGACCGUUAGAUGCAAAGCACGGUCAAGAUUUGAGAAUCUCAAAUGUUUUAGAAUCUGAGGGGAUCCUGAUCCCUUAAAAAAAGCGGAGAGCAAACUUCUUCAAAAGGUUAGUUUAAUAGAUUUUGGGGGUGAACAAUGGCCGUGACUUCGAGUUGAAUGUGAGUUUGAUAAUUUGACAGCACUAGUAAGUGGUUUGUGGUGAGAUUGAGAGUCUAAUUUGAAGUAAUGAGAUUUCAGUUGGUUCUUGCUUGUGAGGUAUAAGAGUUGAUUGAAUAUGAUUGUUAUCUU